AUGCCGCCAACAACCCCCGUCCCAAUAACCCUCAUCGUCGCAACCACCCCGCACCCCUCCCCUUCGCAAACCGGGAAAACCCUUUUAGGCAUCGGCCUAAACGGCACCCUCCCCUGGCCGCGCAUCAAGUCCGAUAUGUCGUUUUUCGCGCGCGUCACGGCGCGUGUGCCGCCUACACCGACACACGCACGCGCAAAUGCGCUGAUCAUGGGUCGAAAGACGUACGAUUCUGUCCCGCUGAAACUGAGGCCGCUAGGGAAGAGGGUUAGUGCGGUUAUUUCGAGGGAUGCGGGUGGGGAGGUUAGAGAGAGGGUUGGGAGGGAGCUUGUGGAGAAAAGGGAGAGGGAGGUCGCGGCUGCGAAGGCGAAGGCGGAGACUGAGCAGGGCGAGAAGAAGGAAAUUGAAGAGAGCAAGACCGACGCCUUCGUUUCGUCGAGUCUCGAGGAUGCGCUGCAGACGCUGGAUUCGGCUGCGGAGAGGGGUGAUAUUGGGAGUGUUUAUGUGAUUGGGGGUGCGGAGAUCUAUGGGGCAAGUUUGAGGUUGGGACUCGAUGGGGCUGCACCAGGGGCUGGUGAGGAUAAGAAAGCGGCGCAGAGGAAGGUGAGGAUUGUGAUGACUGAUGUGGAGAGAAUCGACGGUGAGGUGUUUGAGUGCGAUACGUUCUUCCCGGUUGAUGGUGAGGACCUUGCUGGGGACGGGUGGAGGAAGGUUAGUGCUAAGGAGGUGACAGAGUGGGUUGGUGAGGAGGUUACUGGUGAGUGGAUUGAGGAGGGGGAUGUCAGGGUGAGGAUGGUCGGGUAUGAGAGGGUGGAUUCAUAG